AUGUCUCGCUAUGUCCCAAACUUGUACAACUUCUGGAUUGUUAUCUUCGUAGCUCUCGGAUCUGCGGCAUGUGCUUACAGUAUUGCUGUCAUCGGGUCCACGACCGGCCAGCCGUCGUUCUACCGGUCUCUCGGUCUCGCAAUGCAGGGCGAGCCGGGAUACAGUAGGACAAAUCACUUGAUCGGCGCAUUCAAUGGCGUCAACUCCGCUGGCGCCGCGCUCGGCGCGAUCCAAAGCGCUUGGUUGAUGGAACGAUACUCUCGAAAAUAUACGAUUCAGUUUGGGGCACUCAUCCAGAUCAUCGGCGGUGCUCUCUGCGCUGGUUCCAUCAACGUAGGAAUGUUUCUGGCUGGUAGAUUCAUCGUGGGCUGGGCUAUUGGAAUUCUGUAUACGGCCAUCCCCGUUUAUCAGAGUGAGAUGAGCACCCCUGCCACCCGCGGUUUCAUGGUCUCUAUGCACGGAAUCAUGAUUGCCAUUGGCUAUCUCCUCAGCUCAUGGAUCGGAUUUGGCGUCUACUUCAUCACUGCCAACGGUUCCGACUCCAGCUUCCCAUGGCGUUUCCCCAUCAGCUUCCAGAUCGUCCCAGCCAUCCUUCUCCUGGUGGGCUCGCCUAGGCUUCCAUUUUCGCCCCGGUGGCUCGUUCAGAAAGGACGUGACGAUCACACCAUCUCCAAUCGGGAGUUUGACCAGAUUCGCCAGCAAACCGAGGCCGACCUGGCGGUCAAGGAGCACACCACAUGGUACGAGCUGGUCCGAACUCCAGGCAACAGGAAGAGGGCUUUGAUUGCUGUCUUUCUGUUCUGGGGAAAUCAAAUGACCGGAAACCUUGUCAUCGCCAAUUACGGAACAAUCAUCUUUGCCUCGCUCGGAAUGACUGGGUAUAUGCCUUUGUUGCUUCUGGCUCUCUGGAUCGUCGUGUCGGUUGGCGGCAACACCAUUUGCGCGCUGUUCCUUGAUCGUUUCGGCAGACGAAACUUCAUGCUUGUUGGUAUCGCCGGUAUGUUUGCUGCGCUUCUCGGCGAAUGCAUCACCCAGGCUGUUUCCGUCAACAAUGACCCCAACUCCAACAUCCCUGGAAAACGCGCCGCAGCAUUCUUCCUCUUCUUGUGGAUUGCUUUCUACAGCUCCUGCCAAGAUGGGACGCAGUAUGUCUAUCUUGCUGAGAUAUACCCUAAUUAUCUACGGGGCCAAGGUACUGCGUUUGGCAUCUUCAAUCUCUUCAUUGCGUCUAUUGUCGUCUUGGUAGCCGCACCGACCGCUUUCAGCACCAUUGGUUGGAGAUUUUUCAUUGUCUUUAUCGUGCCGACCUUCUUCUACUUCUGGAUCGUGUAUUUUAUGUUCCCCGAGACUCGCCUCAAGUCCUUGGAGGAGAUUGCAGAGCUGUUCUCCGAGUCCGUUGCGGUUCAUCUCGAUGAGGCCAACGCAGAAGAUGAAAAGACAGAAGGUGUCAGUAUGACAGAAAAUGUAUCAGUGAGCAAGGAUGGAGCAACAACCAAGCAGGAGACGGUUUAG